CAUCCAUCUUUUCCAAUAUCGCACUGUGACCUUUCAGAAGUAGUUUGUCCCAUGUUCCGGAACCCCGAAGGUGCGCUCCAGAGAGGUGUUCCGGUCAAGAUCGUAACGUUGUUUGGAAGGCCGCAUUCUCCUACCGGUAGCGCCUUUUGUCGCCCUCCCGGCAGGCCGGCGACGACAGAUCCCCGUCCUGGAGCCGUAUGUCGAGACGAUGAAUUCGCUUGUUGGAACCGUGAGUGCUUGCCAUUGAACAAGCUGUGUGAUAACAGCGAUGAUUGUUUAGCGAGCGAAGAUGAAUUAUACUGUGAAACCGGAAAAUGCGAGAGCUAUCGUAACUAUGUGCUAUGCAGUAACGGCAUGUGCGUGGCACAACUGUUCGUUUGCGAUGGGUUCCCGCAUUGCAAUGACCGAGCAGAUGAACAAAAUUGUUGUGAGUAUAAAUAA